AUGAGUUUUUGGAUUGAGCAGCACAAUGACAAACUUUCCCGGCAAAGAGACGAGGCGCAAAAGCGCAAGAGCGGGCGAGAGUUCCGCUGGGGUGCCGCGGUGGCGAAGCGGAAAAUCGAAGAAGAGGCGUGCGAGCUGUACGACCUGGAGAGAGAGUCUGACAGAGCUCGAGCUCGCCGCCUCCGCCAGUUCCAGUAUGACUGGUUCUUUUCUGCACGUUGCGGCGAGCUUGAUGCCCUCCUGGCUGUGGAGGCCAAGCGUCAGGCGCUCAUUGACCAAGAGAUUGCUGACCUUGAGCGGAUUGGUGCUCACCAACAGGUCGAGUUGGCCAAGAGACGUGAAGAUGUCCUCUUCUCUGAGAGGCUUGGAGAGCUUGAUGCUCUCAUCUCGGAACUAGAAGCCGAGCUGAGCUUCAUGCAAGGCCAGCAUGAUGCACUUUACUGCUCAGAAGAGGCAGUAGAAAUCGACUGUGACGUGAAGCGCGGUGAGUUCCUUACCGUGUCGACGGCGUACGACGAAACCAAGCGCCUCAAGAAGGAAGUAGCCAGGCUACGCCAUGCCCAGAAGAAGCGAGGGUACUAUGGAGUGAACGAUCAGGGCUGGUUUAUCGUUUGUGGCAAUACUCAGCCAGAGAAAGAGAAACACGUGCGUCUGGGCACAUACAACAAAUUUGACGUGCUGAAGUGCCAGCCUCUCCCUGACAGCGACGAAGAGGCCGAUGUGCCUAAAAAGAAGGAAGAAAAGCGCCGGCGCAGGAUUCGCCACAAGCCAAGGGAGGUCGACAACUUUGAUGAACUGCUGGCCGAAGCCGCAAAGUGGGAUGCCGAGUGCAAAAAGCAAGGUACCUAUCCUCCGUUCAUCAACUACAUCUCGUCACUGUUCGAGCGCCGCCGCGAGUGGGCGCUGUGCCUGCGCGACGAUAUCCCCGUAAGGCAUCACACCAACAACGUCGUGGAAGCCGCCUUUCGCGUGCUGAAGGAUUCUAUCCUGCACAGUGCACAGGAGUGGGCAGCCUUCAUGUGCGAGGCAGUCGUCCAGGACGACACCGGGGAGAGGGCUGCUGCUGCCUUCCAGCAGAGGUGGGGCCCGCUGCCCACUGCUGGCCGCCAGCCCGCUCUGCACCAGUUUGGAGCGCCGCUUCGUUCGCCGCUGACUCCGGCGGAGGAGCGGCGGGUGCUGGCUGAGCUGAACGCCAGCGCCGCCCGCCAGGCGGAGUUCCGGACGGAGCGCGACCGUCUUCGGGAGGACCUGAGGCGGGCCCGGAUCGAGCUCGCUUCCAGCAUCGCUCGCCAAGAGCGCCUUCGGUCGGAGCGGGAGGAGCUGCGCCGGGAGCGGGAGCUGACGCUGACGGAGCUGGACGCCAGCGCCUCCCGCCAGGCGGAACUGCUGCUGGAGCGCGACCAGCUGCGGCAAGACCUGAAACGGGCCCAGACCGAGCUCGCUGCCGGAGCCGCUCGCCAGGAUCACCUUCUGGAGGAGCGACGGCAGCUGGAGCAGGGUUGCGAACAGGCCUGUUCCGAACUGGAAGCCGGCGUCGCCCGUGAAGAGCAGCUCAGGCAGCAGCUGGAGCAGCUGCAACAGACCGCGAUCUUCGCGCAAGAGGAGGCUGCUCGGGGGCGUUGCCGGCUGGCCUCGGCCGAGGCACACAUGCAUCGAGAGAGGCGUGCGAUGGGCGCUGUCGCAGGCGCUGCUCAGGCCGCAGAGCGGGCAGCUGCCAGGGCAGUGGAGCGUCUCCGCUCCAUGCGUCUCACGCCUCUGCUCUCGGCCCACUUGCGGCAGACGGCGGCCGGGGUGACCGGUUGUCGCGCCCGGCGCACGGCCCGGCGUCUUCUGGAACGAUUGUGCUGA